AUGGGAGUCUGCUGUCCAAGCGAACAUCAAUUUCGAUUGCCUAUCAAUGCGCCGAUUAUAUUCAAGUCUGACAUCAUGGAUGGGAAUUUCAUCAUUUUUGACAGUAUUUUCUAAUCAGAUAUAAGAAACCAUUAUGAAUUUAUAAAAGUUAUUGGUCAUGGUAAAUUUGGCACUGUAAGAGAAGCUGUAAAAUUAAAUACGAUCAAAAAAGAAAGCUUGUCAAGGCAAAACACGCUAUUAGGAUCGCGAAGGUUUCUAGAUGGAAAGAAAUUUGCUGUAAAAUCGAUCACUAAAAAGAAGCUAGGGAAAGAUUUAGCAAUGCUAAGGAGAGAGCUAGAAAUUUUAAGACAAGUUGACCAUCCAAAUAUAAUUAAAGUCUAUGAAAUUUAUGAAGACCAAAUGUAUUUGCAUAUAGUGACUGAAUUGUGCACAGGCGGGGACUUAUUUGAGUAUAUUAUAAAACAAGACUAUAUCAGUGAAGAAGAAGCAAGAAUCAUUAUGAAGAAGUUGCUUUCGGCAGUAAAUUAUUUGCAUGCGCUAAAUAUUUGCCAUAGAGACUUGAAGCCUGAAAACUUUUUAUUUUCUUCACAAGAUGAAGAUGCGGAGCUGAAAAUUUUGGAUUUUGGAGUCAGCCUUUUUGUGGAGCCAGGAGAGCAAAUGAAAACAAUGGUAGGCACUCUGAGUUAUGUAGCUCCUGAAGUUUUAUCUGGACAGUAUGGUAGAGAAUGCGACAUUUGGUCGCUUGGUGUGAUUCUCUAUCAGCUCCUAACUGGGAGAAAUCCGUUUGCGAGCGAAUCCAAAGAUUUUACUUUGAGAAAAGUGAUGAAAGGAGAAGUGAACUUAAACAACGACGAAUGAAUUUAUGUCUCACCUCAAUCAAGACAUUUAGUUGCUGGAAUGCUUCAAAAAAAUCCAAUUUUAAGAAUUGACGCAGCUACAGCUUUACAGCACGAGUGAUUUCACAUGGAAUGCGAUUCAACUCAAAGCAACGCCGUUUCAAGAGAUGUACUUGUAAGAAUCAGAAAGCAGCAAAACCACAGUAAAUUAUGAAUUGAAGGAAUGAAAGCUAUCCUCAGAUAUCUUUCAGCAGAUAAAAUAAGAGAGCUAAAAACAGCUUUUGUUGCCUUAGAUGCAGCUGGCACUGGGUAUAUUACAUACGCGAAAUUAGAAGAAGCGAUGAAUAAAUGCGGAAUGGAGAUCAGAAAUGAAGAAAUUACAUCAAUUUUUCAUAAGUAUGGAAAAGAAGCAGGGAAAAUAAAUUAUACAAGUUUUCUGAUCGCCACGCUCGAUAGAAAGUACUUAAUGAAUGAAGAACUAAUGUGGGAUGCUUAUAGAGAUUUUGAUCCAGAAAAUAAAGGAGUAAUCUAUCUGGAUACUCUUAAGCAAGCAUUGAUGAAGUUUGGGUGUGAAUUUACAGAAGAAGAAUUUUCUAGCUUGCUUGCAGAAAUCAAAUUUGAUUCAGCAAAAGGCUUUUCAUUUGAAGAUUUCAAGAAAAUAAUGCAGAGUAAUUAUUACUUAGAUUUCGAAGAAGAUAAUUUAACUCCGAGAGUAGGAGUAGACACUCCUGUAAGGAGGUUAAGCCAUCGGUCGUCAAUCGAGUCAUGUGCCUCAAGAGUUUCGAUAAAUUAA